UAUCAGUGCGCCAAAACAAGUUUAUUCAUAAAUUUAUUGAGAUUAUUUGAUGUCAUUUUUUUUUAAUUUCGAUUAACAUAUCUUCAAAAAAAUGAAGAAUUUGAUCAAAGAAUUUAUUGCAUCUAACAUUUUUUACACAAUGCCUUGUGUUUUUUUUCUAUUGAUUGUAAGAAAUGCUUUAGAAAAGUAUUGCUUCCAAAGAAUCGCAAUUUGUUGUGGUUUAACACAUAAAAACAACAAAAUAUAUCGCUUCAACAGAAGUUGCUGGCAUUUAUUUUAUUAUUUAAUGGCUGUAAUGCACACUGCAAUUGUGCUUCACGACAAACCAUGGAUGAAAGAUGAUGCCCAUUUUUGGACUUUUCAUGAGCAUCGGAUGACAACAGACGUUUGGUUCCUCGUCGUAUUGAAUUUAUCGUACUUUUUUUCGUUAAUCAUAAAAUUAUUGACCACUAAAAUAAGGAAAGACUUUGCCGAAAAUAUGGUCCAUCAUAUUAUAGCGAUCCUUCUGAUCUUCCAAGCAAUUUUCAUGAAUCUAUACCAUGUGGCUAGUUUUACGAUACUCAUACUGUUUCCAAGCGACAUAUUCUUGGAGUUGGCAAAAAUAUUAAUAUACCUCAAAUAUGACAUUCCAUCUAAAGUUUGUUUCGUGUUAUUUUCAAUAGUUUGGGUCAUUAUGAGAUUGAUAUUGUAUCCUAUGUGGAUUGUUUAUCCAUCAAUGUUGUACUCUUACGAAAUAGUUGGACCGAUCUUAUACUACAUAAAUGUAAUUGUAUUUGGAUCAUUGAUGGUUCUUUACCUUUUUUGGACCUACAAAAUUUACCUAAUGGAUAAGAGAUUAAUUUUUGAAAAAAUACUGGAAGAUUACAGAUCCGAUGAUGACGAUUAUGAUGCUAAAUUUAAUAAGAAUCGAUAAAUUUGUCACUUUUCUCUGUAUACUUUCUCACUUUUUCUACUUAUUUAUAGUAUUUCUAUUGAAUAUUUUAUUACUUAUUGGUAAACUCGGAAUUAAAUAAACUAAAGGAUA